AUGUCUAGAAGUGAGUUGGUGAUCUAUACGGUCUCUGAGGUUAUAAUCGCUAUAGCAUGUUGUCUUGGAAAUCUGCUGGUGAUUUGGGCCGUCUGGUCAAGCCGGGUUCUUCGUAAGACUACGUUCUGCUUUGUUGUAUCACUGGCUGUGGCUGAUUUUCUGGUGGGGGCUGUGGUCGUUCCUCUGGCUGUGUUAAUUGAUGGACGAAUACAGACGAGAUUUUACUCUUGUCUGUUCUUCAGUUGUGUGGUCAUUGUGUUGACCCAAGCCUCCGUUCAUUCCCUUCUCGCUAUCGCUGUGGAUCGAUUCCUGCGUGUCCAUAAUCCCCUCAGGUACAGAGCAGCGAUCAAAAAACAAAACCUGUGGGCAGCGGUCACCCUCUGUUGGGUUUCUGCUUCUUUUCUGGGUUUCGUUCCCCUGCUUGGAUGGCACAACAAAGACCCCACGACAAACGGCACCUCAACCUUGACGUGCCAUUUUCUUGCAGUCAUUCCCAUGUCGUACAUGGUCAACUUCUUCUUUUUCGUUUGCAUCCUCCCACCCACUGUGGUCAUGUUCGCUCUCUAUUUGUAUAUCUUCUGUACGAUAUCUAAACAACUGAGAAGAGGAAUUGGUCAAGCUGUGGAGUCCAGGUCCUUUCUUCAGAAAGAACGUGAAUUGGCCAACUCGCUGGCUUUGGUGUUGGCUCUGUUUGCUAUUUGCUGGUUCCCAAUUCACAUAAUGAACACAUUGGCCUACAAUAAAAGUCUAAACAUGCCGCCUCUUGUAUUUCACAUAGGUAUUCUACUUUCUCACGGCAACUCCGCAGUUAACCCAAUAGUGUACGCUUUCAAGGUCCCAAAGAUUAAGACUGCAUAUAAAAACAUCUUAAUGAAGCUCAUAUGCUGGAAGCAAAACACUGAUCAAAACAGCCAGAACUUGGAUAAAGUGAAAAAAAAACAAGAUAGUUUUGACCGUUAGUCAAGAUAUUAAGCACAGGACAGUUCUGUAAUCUCUAGUAAUAUGCAUCAUCAAACUUAUAUACUGUAAAUGUAUAUUGAUAUAAAUGAUAUACUGCAUUAUAUUACUGAUACUGAGAUAUUUCAAGCAAUACCGUAGUUUGCUGAGUAUGUCUGCAAAUGGAAGACUGAUAUCAGCUUUAUUGCAAAAACUUUAAAACAUAGCCUGCUAUUAUUUCUGCUGUCUGCAGAUUUGUGUAUUUAACACCGACAACUUGAAAUUCUGAGCAGAUUUUUUAUCACAGCAUCUCGCUACACAUCUAUCAUGCUUAAGUUUUAAAAAACACAUUUAGGAAAUUUCUCGAGAACCACACUGCUGUUUUUUUUGUUAAGCUAGGUCAAUUUUGAUAUACUGCCAGACUAAUGAUUACUAUAUCUACA